CGACAACGUAACUGUCCUGGUUAUCAAAUUAAAGUGACAGUUAUGACGUAUGACUGCCAGACUGCAGACUGCCUCUUCAAAAGUCAGGGGUAUGUUUUAUGUACAAAAAUGUAGGUGAAAACUGUAAAUACAGGUGUUUCAAUUUUAAUUUGUAUACCUAUUAAUACGCUCUACGUUGUCGUUUACUUGCUUCGACGACGUAGUCUGUGGCUUAUUGUGUAGUCAACAUGGCUCAUCACAAUCAAAGCCUGCCAUUAUCUCAGAUCUUGAAAACUAAAAGUGAAGGAGACGAUGAACCUAAAAAGAAGUCGAGAGAGGAGUGGAGAAAAGCGAAAGAAUUAGAAGAAGCUCGUAAAGCGGGUACAGCUCCAGCAGCUGUCGAUGAAACAGGAAAGGAUAUCAAUCCACACAUCCCUCAGUACAUCUCGACAGCACCAUGGUAUUAUGGAACCACUGGCCCUACAUUGAAACAUCAGAGACCUCAAGAGGAAAAGCAAAAACAAUAUUCUCAAAUAGAUGAAUGGUAUAAGAGAGGUGUAGAUUCAACAAAAAUAGUGACAAAAUAUAGAAAAGGAGCUUGUGAAAACUGUGGAGCUGUAACACAUACAAAGAAGGAAUGCAUGGAGAGGCCAAGAAAAGUUGGUGCUAAAUAUUCUGGAGCAAAUAUAGCGCCAGAUGAGUUUGUACAAAAAAACUUGGCCUUGAGUUGGGAUGGUAAAAGAGAUAGGUGGAGUGGAUAUGAUCCUUCAGAACAUAAAGGAAUAUUAAAUGUAUAUUUGAUAUUUGCAGCUGUUAUAGAGGAGUUCCAAAAGGUAGAAGAAGCAAAGCGUCAUUUAAAAGCUGAGAAACUAAAUGCCAAUGAAGGAUCAGAGGAUAAUGAUUCUGACAGAGAUGAAGAUAAAUAUGUUGAUGAAGUUGACAUGCCAGGGACAAAAGUUGACAGCAAACAGCGUAUUACCGUGCGCAACUUGAGGAUAAGGGAAGAUACAGCUAAAUAUUUAAGGAAUUUAGAUCCAGAAUCAGCAUAUUAUGACCCAAAGACGAGAUCUAUGAGGGAAAAUCCUAACCCCAGCAAGGGUAAUCAGCUAUCUUGUUAUAGAUAUCGAGGAGAAAACUUUGUCCGUUUCACUGGAGAUACAAAAAAUCAUGCUAAAGCUCAACUCUUUGCAUGGGAAGCACAUGAGAAAGGAGUUGAUGUGCACUUGUUGGCCGAACCUACAAAACUAGAAUUAUUGAAAAAGGAAUAUGAGAAGAAAAAGGAACAGAUAAAGACCACUAUCCAAAAGAGUGUUCUGGAGAGAUAUGGUGGGGAGGAACAUUUAGAAGCACCACCAAAGUCGCUGCUAUUGGCACAAACUGAGAAUUAUGUAGAAUACUCCAGAUCAGGGAAAGUGAUUACAGGUUGUGAGAAAGAAGUUAUUAGAUCCAAGUAUGAGGAGGAUGUAUUCAUAAAUAAUCAUACUUCAGUGUGGGGGUCUUACUGGAAAGCUGGAGAAUGGGGCUAUAAAUGUUGUCAUUCCUUUAUUAAGAAUUCUUACUGUUUGGGAGAGGCUGGCAAAAGUGUGAAUAAACCGCCGGUUUCGGUUGUGAAAAAGGAAGAACUUCAAGAUGUAGCACAAGAAGUACAGAACCAAAAAACGAGCAGUGACAACAGUAGCAGUAGUAGUUCCAGCUCAAGUGAAGAGGAAAAUGAAGAAAAGUCAAAGAAGAAAGAUAAGAGAAAGAAGAAGAAGAAAAUAAAAAAGAAAAAAAUGAAAGAGAAGAAAAAGUUGACCAACAAGAAUGUAGAGGAAGAAGCAGUUAUUUUGGACGAUAGGAAACGUCCUUACAACAGUAUGUACGAAGUAAAACAACCCACAGAAGAAGAAAUGGAAAGCUAUUACCAGAAAAGGCGACGGGAUGAGGAUCCAAUGAAUCAGUUUUUAUAAAUUGCUUGUAUUAUACAUAUGUUACAAAAUAAAUCCUUUUAAUCAUAUAUUUAAA